AUGCAGUUCGCUCUCACUUGGACUUUACUGGCUACCGCUGGUCUGGCGGCAGCAGCUUCCCCUACUGUUUAUUUGAUUCGCCAUGGAGAAAAGCCUAGUGAUGGCGGGACCGGCUUGAACGCACAAGGUCUUGAGCGUGCGCAGUGCCUCCGAUCCGUCUUCGACAAGAGCUCCGAAUAUAACAUUGGACAUAUCAUGGCGCAAACGCCAAAGAAGAGUGGCAAGCGGGCCCGCCCAUACGACACAGUCAAACCACUGGCAGAUGAUUUGGGUCUCACUAUUGAUACAUCGUGCGACCGUGAUGACUCAAGUUGCGUCAAGGACGUGGUGGACGAAUAUAGCGGAGAAGGCAAUAUUCUGAUCUGCUGGGAGCAUGAUGCUCUGACUGAUAUUGUGAAGGAGCUUGGUGAUAAGAAUGCACCCUCAUAUCCUGACGAUAGCUUUAACAUCAUCUGGACCGACCCGUCGCCCUACUCCGAUAUCACUGCGGAGACUAGUGAGAACUGCGCGGGAUUGGAUAACUGA